AGGAAACGCUGGCCACUGCCCUCUUGUGGGGGUGAGGACCUCAGCUCCCUGUCUCCAGGUUUAUUUUCUGCUUUCCGUUCCAUUGCCUCGGUUUACACGCUGCUCCUCUUCACCCUCACAACGGCUGAGAGUCGUCCUGGGGCGAAGCUUCCUCCUGUGUGCAAGCAGUUUGAAGAAUUGCAUGAGGUGGUGAAGAGAAUGUGUCAGGGUUACCUCAGCAGCUCCGCCCCGUGUCCUCAGGAGCCCCUGGAGAGAAACAAUGAUGAGGUGCCAUCUCAAGGGGCAAAGCAUUGCUCUUCGUUAGCCGAAGGAAGGAGUUGCCAGAUCAUUAGGAAUCACAGAAUGCCUGAGGAAGAAAGAGACACACCCAACAGUGCACUUGAGUGCUCCAGCCAGGAAUGGACGGAAAGUUCAGCCACAGCUCCUUGGCCUAGAGGCCGUUCCGGGAAGAUGCCGUUUUGCUUUUUCUACACUCUCUGUAGGCUGGCCACAGUGAAGAAGGCCCGAACAGCAGCUCUGCCCACAGAUGUCCCUGACCGUCCUGCCACCAUCAGUGAAUGUCUGCAGAAGCCUGGGUCUUCACGCGCUCCAGCCAGCAAGGGUUCUGCCUCCGCAGCCACUGAGAACCCUGCUCCCUGCUCUGAGGGAAGCUGUGGGGAAAUGGCUCCUGCUAGUGAUGGAAGUGUGCCGCCUGUGGGCCAGCUGCUGUCGGUGAUGGCGUCUGCUGACUUGAAAGCCAGGAGUGUCUCUGCAGAUCCUGCUCUUCUGUGUCAGGAUGUCAGGAGGACAGCUCUUUAUUCCCAGGUAGCAGAGCCCAGAGGGCUGCCCCCAGCCCAGUCGUCAGUGUUUCCUGAAUAGAAUGCUCCAGAACACACUGCAAAGCAGGAUUCUGGGGCAAUCCAGAGAAGCAACAGUGUCGGUGGUACCCCAUCAUCAGGUGAAGAAGAGGAGUCCCUGCUUCUUGAAGAAUCAGGAAAUGCAGAGGCAGGAGACCUCAGAGAAAUGAGCCAACCCCACCUCAGUAGGCAGCAGGCCAGCCCCAGCCAUGCCCUGCCUACAGAGGCUGCAGCCUUCCCACUCCAGAAAACCUUGCCUAUGAAUGUCCGGCCAGCUGCCUGUGUUUCCAGGACUAUGCCCGAGCCAGGGUCUCAUCCUGGACCAGAUGGGUCACUGCCCACUAAUGGGGGUCCCAGUGUUGAGCGAGCUGGGAACAUAAGCUGGCUCCUCUCUAGGAGGGAGGCAGAUGGCUAGAGAGAGCUGGAGACUGUGGCCACUGUGGGGGAAGCCUUGGCUUUUGAGAUUUCCGAUCUAUGCCAGGAAGUGUUGUCUCAGGGACAGGAGCAGGUUUCUCUUCGGACUUCCAAUGGGCUUAUUUUGUCCCGUCCAAGUACUUCAGUGUCAGAAGAGAAUGCUGUCAUAGUGACUAACGCAAAGGGUUCUAUCGUGAGGUUUGGCCUGCAGGAAGGGGUUGCUUUUGAAGCCAUAGAGGCCUUCCACACUGUGGAGGCAGAGCCCUCUCAGUGACCAGGAGUCAAGUCAGGUGUGUGUGUGUAAGUAUAGGAUGUUGUUUUCUGGGGCAGUAUAGCCCAGAUUGGCCUUGAACUUGAUCACCUAACCAAGGCUGGCCUUGAACUCCUAAUCUUCUUGCCUUGUCUCCUGACUGAAAGGGUGACGUGUCUGCCCCUCCCUCCUGGGGACGUCCUCUGCACUUUUGGAUUCAGUUAGAAAACUUCAGAAGCCAGCCAUUUUGGCAGCAUUCUAAUGAGAAGUGAAACAGAAAGCCAUUUCUGUUUGUUUUCUUGGUGUCUAUGGGGAUUGAACCCAGAGCCUGGAAAUUGCCUGGCAAGGCUCUAUCCCUGAGCUUAUCUCUAAGACAGUCUCACUAAGUAGCCCAAGCAGGCCUCAGGUCUGUGGCCUUCCUGUGUUAGCAUCUCCAGUAGCUGCAUUGAUGGGCUAGACAGUCAGGGCUUUUGAGAAGGGACUCACUCUGUAGCUCUGUGGUGGAACUCACUACUGUUGUCCUCUCUCUAAUGGUUGCUGCCUUUUAAGCUAUGGCUAUUCUAGUCAGCACUGCUGCUACCAGCAGUGGCUAGGCCGCAAGAGCCACAGCCUGAGGUUCCCGCAGGCACUGACUCUUUUAAAGCUUUUUUGAUUUCCAUUUGACAAAUAUAUUUUUUGA